AACGAUAAAUUAAAUUAUAAAAAACUUAAACCUUUUAAAAUUAUUAAAAAAGUUUUACUAAUUAAUUUUAAACUAAAACUCCUAAAUACGAUACGAUACUACUCGGUUUUUUAUAUCUUACUCCUAAAGCCGGUAUUUAAAAGUUUAUAUAUUAAAGAUUGUAUUAUCGUCGAACUUAAUAAACUAAAAUAUAAAAUCGAAUAA